AUGGUUAGCACAGAUGGUUACGUGAAUCGAACUUCAAAAUUUGUUCAAUCUAUGAGUACUCAGGAUAGCAAUAUUACAAUUCAAUAUGAUGGCCAGUCUUCCUCUGAGGAAUGGAUCAAUUUCAAGUGUAUCUUGAAUGGCAGAGGACUGUGUGACUCUCAACAGAUACUGGCCCAGAAAGAAUAUGACUCCGAAGAUGAACAACUCGAGUUUACUUUUAAUAUUAGAUGUGCCCUGAUAAGUCUUAGAAUACAUAAAACAUGUUUCAAUGCCAGAUUGGAAAGGUUUAGGAAUAAUAGAUUAAUUGGACCAAUGUUGGUGGUUACUCAGAUAAGACUUACAAACAAGAACAUGAAAAUAUACAGAGAUUGCCUGACUGUCGAUUCAUCCGUUGCAAUGUUUUCCAGAAAACCCACACCGAAAUCAGGAGUUUCCAAAACUGGAAGAAAAGAUAUAGCCUUAUUUUUAAUGCUUAGCAAGGACACAACAUGCAGAGAACGAUUGGCCAGUUUGAGAAGUUUCAGUUUCUUACUCUUACUAGAUAAGGGACUACAACAAGAACAUGAAGUAUUAGAGAGUUAUGCUGAGUUGGCCGAUUCAUCCGUGCAAUGUUUUCCAGAACACACCGAAUUCAGGGAGUUCAAAACUGGAGAAAAUAUUGAAGCAAUAACAUGCCUUCAGAGAAACGAAGUCUUUGGAAGAUCCUGUAUAGGAGACACCAGUGGUUUGUCGCAAGUUGUUGCUCGUGGACACACUGCACAAAAAAUGCCGUCAAUUGCAAUCUUGCAUAGAGACGUCUGCAGUACACAGCUGGAUAGUAGUCAUAGUAGAACCAUCUUCCAGAUCGGUGUCGCUGUGUUGGUAAGAUAUAAGCCUAUUUUUAAUGCUUGGAAGGACACAACAUGCAGAGACGAUUGGCCAUGUGAGAAGUUUCAGUUCAUCUUACUCUUUAAUGAGUUUCUACAAUCGCUGCACAUGGCUACUAUUAAAGAUAGCAAUAUUGCAAUUCAAUAUGAUGGCCAGUCUUCCUCUGAGAAUGGAUCAAUUCAGUGUUUUGAAUGCAGAGACUGUGUCUCUCAACAGAUACUGGCCCAGAAAGAAUAUGACUCCAAGAUGAUACAACUCGAGUUACUUUUAAUAUUAGAUGUGCUCCUGAUAAUCAGUAGUCAGCUCCCUAAGUCCCUGAAUACUUGUAAGUGUCAUUUUCCAAAAGCUGUCCCGUUAGCAGGCUGCUACUACAGGGGUGGAGUUGCGCUCACCGCCCACGAGGCCAGAAGCAGCAUGAAGUCGGUGGCGACGAAGGCCAUGGCCAGCGGCGCGCGCACCACCCGCACACCCAGCGGCAGCGGCGCCUCCGUCGGCCCUGCGAACACCGCCCCACUCCCUGCACACCACGAACUCUGCGCACCACGCAUCCUGCACACCUCGCAAACUCCACACCACGCCUCAUGCACUCCACGCACCCUGCACACCUCGCUCCUUCACACCACGCAACAUGCACUCCACGCACCCAGCAUACCGCGAACCCUGCACACCUCGCACCUUCCCACCACGCAUCAUACGCACCCUGCACACCACGAACUCUGCACACCUCGUUCCUUCACACAACGCAUCAUGCGCUCCACGCACCCUGCACACCACGAACCCUGCACACCUCGCACCUUCCCACCACGCAUCAUACGCACCCUGCACACCACGAGCCCUGCGCACCACUUAACCCUGCACACAUCGCAACCUCCACACCACGAACCCUGCACACCUCGCACCUUCACACAACGCAUCAUGAGCUCCACGCACCCUGCAUACCACGAACCCUGCACACCUCGCACCUUCACACAACGCAUCAUGCGCUCCACGCACCCUGCACACCGCGAAUCCAGCACAAAUCGCGAAAUUUUCUCAACUGACCAUGUUCAAUCACUCUUUGCAAAUAAGUUACAUGUUCUCAAACUCCGCCUCCACGCUCCUGCAGGUCGGUCCGUGUUGUUGCGACCGCAGGUUGUCUGCCGGAGGGGCUCAACGACGUCCCCUCCUGCAGCCUUGUCUGAAGGCGCACACCAGGUACACGUCCGCGCCCCCUGUAGUAGUCCGACGCAAGUAGGAGCCGCGCGCUGGCUUCACACUCCUCCAUGGUGUAGUUUGCCUCGCACAGGCCUGGCGGGUGGUCGAGCGCAGGAUGCUUUACGGGAUCAGUCUGGGCCGAGGCCCCCGCCACAAACAUCUGCUGCGUGUCGGAUGUUUGAACGAAAACAGCUUUCUGCCAUAGAAUUCGAUUCGAAUGAACAGCCUCAUAAUAGUUCCAUGUCAAUAUUCCAUGUCAUAUGGCCGAUGUCACACCUCAUAUAUCCGAUUGGUGCACGCUCAAAAUCAAGGCCAUGUAUAACACUGUGUGCUGAACAGGGGCCUAACAGAACACAGAGGAUGGAGGCCUUUCUUGAGCCGGGUCGGGGCAAAAGUUGCACAGAGAAAUUGGCCUCGCACAGGCUGCGGGUGGUCGAGCGCAGGAUGCUUACGGGAUCAGUCUGGGCGAGGCCCCCCGCCAAAACAUCUGACUGCGUGUCGGUGGGCCUGGCGCGCACCACUGCCAGCACAGCCAUGGCGCACAGCACGCACAGCGGAGACAUGGCUGGCAGGCGCUGGAAGGAGUGCUGA